CAUAUAAACCGACACUCACACACACAUACAUAUUCCUCUCUCUUGUGUGUGAGUGAGUAAGUGAGUGUUUGCGAGUGCGUCUAACGAGAAAUAUAACAAAUUGUAAAUACCAUUCGUUUAUUUAUUUGUUUUCUCGCCAUGUUUCUUGUAACAUAGAUAAAUACAUACAUGCAAAGAGACAAACAGACAGACAGACAUACAUAAAUUCGUAUCUAACAAACCAAAGAGUUAUAUCGUUGUGAUCCCACACCCGCCUGCCGUAUCACUGCUGCCCUGCUGCAUCAGCCAGUAUCCUCCUCCAAAACAUACAUCAAUUGUAAUUUGUAAACCCAACCUCCAACUCAACCUCAACGAAAAUGGCUCUUCGUAUUUCAGCGAAAUAUAAAAAUCAUUUGGGUCUCAUCAUUUAUGGUUUUGCCGGUCUUUUGUUGCUGUCACUGUCGACACCAUUUGCCAUUGCCGGACGUUUAUUUGAUGUGGCAAAUUUGGAAUAUGAAAAAAUUAUUGCAGAGGCUGGCAAAAAUGUGACACUACCCUGUCCGGGUGUUACCGAACAUUCUCUGGUGGAUACUCUGGUAUGGAAAACAACCACAACGACAAUAGCUCAGUUUGCCAAUCGGAUACCACUGUUGCACAGUCCCCGGAUUCAACUGUUGUCGGAGAAUUUUGCACUACAUUUUGCCCCGGCCUUAGCUGUGGAUACGGCUGAAUAUAUUUGUCUGGUAAAUGACCGGCAUAUACCAGAAGCAAUUGUUGAUUUACUGGUGCAAGAUGUACCAGAUCCUCCCGAACGACCGUUGCUGAUAAGUUUUACAUCACGUUCGGUUAACUUAUCGUGGGCCCAUUCACAGCAUCCACGAAAUGCUCCCGUGACGCAUUUCAUUAUUGAAACACGAGUGGGCGAGAACGGUCAAUGGGAUCAAGUGCCACAAAUACAAACAAAAUCAAAUGUGACAUCGUAUCAAGUCACUGGUCUGGUACCCUUUACCGUCUACAGCUUUCGCCUGAAGGCUGUCAACAAGCUGGGCAUUAGUCCUCCAUCCAAAGAAUCCUACUACAUAGUGACCUUGCGUGAGGCUCCUACAGGUAAACCAAUACCCACAGCAGCCCACAAUACCUCAUCCACCUCUGUAUAUAUUUCAUGGAAACCACCGCCGCCCGAUACGAUACUUGGUGAAUUUCUCGGCUAUCGUAUUACAUAUAGACCACGCGAUCGCAACCCCAAUGACACCAACGAGAUUUAUCUGCGAGAUUCAACAAUUGAGAGUCAUGAAAUUCUCAAUUUGGAACCAUACACCCAAUAUAAAGUCACCGUUCAGGUUUUCAACCCUGAGGGCCUGGGACCGGAGACAACAAUAUUGGUGAUGACAGACGAAGGAGUGCCAAGUAAACCACAAAAUCUCACCGUCCUCGAUGUAACGGCGACCAGCAUAACCAUGUCUUGGCAUCCGCCAAAAAAUCAAAAUGGCGCAAUUGCCGGCUAUCAUGUCUAUCACAUACACGAGAAUCAAACGGGUGUGGAAAUUGUUAAGCGCAGUGCUGCCGAUUCGGCCAUACGCUUUGAGCUGCCAAAAUUAAAACCCUUCACCGAGUAUCGCAUCAAAGUGAAUGCUUUCACUACCAAGAACGAAGGUGAAUCUUCGGACAUAAUUGUUCAGCGCACCGAUGUCGGAGUGCCAAGUGCUCCAAUUAUUGUCAAUUUGACAUGUCACUCGCAGGACUCAUUAACGAUACGCUGGAAACGUCCGUUGGAAUUUUACAAUAAUAUUGAUUUCUACAUAAUUAAAACGAAAAUUAUGGGUCAGGAUACGCAUCGUGACAUACGGAUAAAUGCAUCUGCCAAGGAAUUGGAGACGGCGAUGAUUAUACAAAAUCUUACCAUGUACCAGCUGUACGAAGUUAAAGUUGCCGCAGCCACCUACAGCGUGAUUGUUCCAAAGAAAAUUAUUUUGGGCAAAUUUUCGGAAGGACGUAAGAUUGGCCUGCAGCCCAACUGUGAAAAGAUACAACCUUUGUUACGUCAAUCGCACAACGAUUAUAACUUGGCCGUUUUGGUCGGCAUCAUUUUCAGCUGCUUUGGCAUUGUGCUGAUUGUUAUGGCCUUCUUCCUUUGGAGCAGGAAGUGUUUCCAUGCUGCCUAUUAUUAUUUGGAUGAUCCACCACAUCAUCCAAAUGUGCCACAGGUCGACUGGGAGGUACCAGUUGAGAUUGGUGGAGAAAUUCGGGCAGCUGUCCCCGUCAAUGAGUUCGCCAAACAUGUUGCCUCGUUGCAUGCCGAUGGUGAUAUCGGUUUCAGUCGUGAAUAUGAAGCCAUACAAAACGAAUGCAUUUCCGAUGAUUUACCCUGUGAACAUUCGCAACAUCCCGAAAACAAGAAGAAAAAUCGUUAUUUAAAUAUUACAGCCUAUGAUCACAGUCGAGUUCAUCUACAUCCCAUUCCUGGCCAGAAAAAGAAUCUAGACUACAUAAAUGCCAACUAUAUUGAUGGAUAUCAAAAGGCGAGGGCCUUCAUUGGGACUCAAGGUCCAUUGCCCGAUACAUUUGAUUGUUUUUGGCGCAUGAUUUGGGAACAACGUGUUGCCAUCAUUGUAAUGAUUACGAAUUUAGUAGAACGUGGCCGCCGCAAAUGUGAUAUGUAUUGGCCCAAGGAGGGUGUAGAGACCUAUGGGGUCAUACAAGUGAAACUAGUCGAUGAGGAAGUAAUGGCCAUGUAUACCGUGAGAACUUUACAAAUUAAACAUUUGAAGCUCAAGAAAAAGAAACAGUGCAAUACCGAAAAAAUCGUCUAUCAAUACCAUUACACCAAUUGGCCAGACCAUGGGACACCCGAUCAUCCCUUGCCGGUAUUGAAUUUCGUUAAGAAAUCAUCCGCUGCAAAUCCACCCGAUGCUGGUCCCAUUGUUGUGCACUGUAGUGCUGGUGUGGGUCGUACCGGUACUUAUAUCGUACUCGAUGCCAUGCUCAAGCAAAUCCAACACAAGGGUGUUGUCAACAGUUUUGGUUUCCUGCGCCACAUUCGUAUACAGAGAAAUUUCUUGGUACAAACCGAAGAACAAUAUAUUUUCAUACACGACGCCCUAGUUGAGGCCAUUGCAUCGGGUGAAACAAAUCUAACGGCCCAACAAAUCGAGGAACUGAAGAAUUGUACACCAUAUUUGGAGCAGCAGUAUCGCAACAUUAUCCAAUUCCAGACCAAAGAUGUACACAUUGCAUCGGCAAUGAAACAAGUUAAUUCGAUCAAGAAUCGUGGUGCUAUAUUCCCCAUCGAGGGCAGUAGGGUACAUCUAACACCCAAGCCGGGUGAGGAGGGUAGCGAUUAUAUAAAUGCCUCAUGGCUGCAUGGGUUUAGAAGACUGCGUGACUUUAUUGUCACCCAACAUCCCAUGGCCCAUACCGUCAAAGAUUUUUGGCAAAUGGUAUGGGAUCAUAAUGCCCAGACAAUUGUUUUACUCUCGUCGCUGGAUGAAAUCAAUUUUGCCCAGUUCUGGCCAGAUGACACAUCACCCAUCGAAAGUGAUUAUUAUCGUGUCAAGUUUUUGAGUAAAACAAACAAAUCCGAUUAUGUUAGCCGUGAUUUCGUUAUACAAUCAAUACAGGACGACUAUGAACUAAGUGUGAAAAUGUUACACUGCCCCAGCUGGCCGGAAAUGUCGAAUCCCAGCAGCAUUUAUGAUUUCAUUGUCGAUGUCCAUGAUCGGGGCAAUGAUUAUCGUAACGGACCAAUUGUUGUUGUGGAUAGAUAUGGCGGCGCCCAAGCCUGUACAUUUUGUGCCAUUUCUUCGCUGGCGAUUGAGAUGGAAUACUGUCAAAUGGCAAAUAUCUAUCAAUAUGCCAAAUUGUAUCACAACAAACGUCCCGGUGUUUGGACAUCUAGUGAAGAUAUACGCUUAAUAUAUAACAUACUCGCUUUGCUGCCACGUAAUCUGCAGUUGCUGAAACGAACUGCCAUCAAAAUUGAAAUUGAGGAUGUGACAACAGCAACGCCGGAUCUAUAUAGUAAAAUUUGCAGUAAUGUUACUGAUGCUCAAAGCUUAGAUAUCGUAGGUUAAAUUAUGCAAUAGACGAUAAAACCUAAAAAUAACACAACAACAACAAAUAAAUAAAAUGAGGAAUAUAUAUAUACACACAUAGAGAUAUAAUCAUAUGAGUCGUUCCAAGUGGAGUCGGGCAAAUGAGCAAAAAGUUUUUAAUAAUUUAAAAUUUUUGGAAGAAUUCUUAAAAUAUUGGCGUCUAAUUUUGUAGUAUGUGUGAAUGAAUCCAGCACAUUUCUCUGAGAAAAAUACUAAGACUUUGUUGUCCGCAAUGUUUUUUAUUUAUUUAUUGGCUAUAUCUUUAUGGAAAAAGGUAUUCCCCGAAAAAAUUUCUAUGUUGUCCGUAAUAUGUUAAAAUUUUAUGUGGCUGUUUGUUUGUUGAAUAGAAUAAUGUUUUAUAAUUAUAAAGUUUGUACGGAUGUGAAUAAGUGGGCUAGGUAUAUAAGUGAUGGUACAUAAGCAGCUUGGCCAAAAUUCUCAAAUUAAAAGGGAAAAUAAACACAGGAUUCGAAGGCAGCUCUGUCAUUCCUUUAUAAUGUGUCACAAAAUAUGCCAUGUGCCAAGCUUAAGUCCAGUCGACCCGUCGUAGUCUCAAAACACAAAUAGCAGUUCUUAAGUUUUUUGUCUUCAAUUUCCUCAAAAUGUGGGCUCAUUUAUAUUUCUUUGUAAGGUAAAUAAAUGAAAUGAAUGUAUUUUUACAAUUUUCCCCUUCUAAUAAUGAAUACUUCCAAAAUUGUUUUAAAACUGAUUUGCCCGAUUAAACAUGGAAUGACAAGAUUAACACUUGGGUCAAUUUUAUGCAAUAAAUAUACCAGUAACGCGAGAGCUAUCUGAAACUUGCUGGAAAAUAUAUCGGUAUAAUGAUAACGUUUUUACAGAAUUUGAUUUUUAAAAUCACAUUAUUUUAAAUUCGCCUAAAGCUCUGGACCCAAGUGUGUACCCAUAACAUAGAUAUUAGAAUUACAAAUAAGUAAUAAAUUGUAAUGUAAAGCAAACAACAACAACAAAAAGAUCUUAUGCACACACACAGUGGACAUAUUUAAAACACUCACAAAACAAACAAACAAAUAAUACAUUCACAAAAAAAGAAAGGACAAGGAUAACUAACCUUAAAAAACUAAACCGAAGAGUAAAAAAUGUGAAACAAAAAUUGUAGAUUAGCACCAAACAAAAAUUAUUAUUAAAACAAGAAAAAACAAAACAAAAAUGGAAAAACAAAUUCACAAAAUACAUCAAAAACCAUCAUGCAUACACAUACAUCAUAAAUAGUUCAUUCGCGUAAUUAUACAUUUAUACAGAUUAUAUAUAAAUAUAGAUAUAUUACCUAUAUACAAGGUGGAAACAUGCAAUCCCUUUUCUUCCCCCCGCCAAAUCCUAUCCCAUUAUUAUCGAACGACCAUCCUUAUUAUUACUAUUAUUAUUAUUACCAUUAGCAACCCUUAUAUUUAAUAACGAUGACUUUCCCUAUUUUCCUAGGAUAUACGUUUCUAAAUUGUAACACAAAAAUCAACGACUUAUUUUUUAAGUAAAAUAUCUACUUUUUUAUAUACAUAUAACAAAUUGCAUAUAUAUAGUUUUUUUUUUUUAAAUAUAUAAAUAUUAAUAUUUUUUCUAUUAAAUUAUUUAUUUAGUUUGUAUGUAAUAUUGAGUUGGCGUAAUAUCCACACACACAUACAUAUAUAAAUAGCAUUACAUUUAUACAUUGCCUGUGUAUUUUACUGUAAUUAAGUUUUAACCAUACAAAACAACAAAAUGUUGUAUCCUUAGUCAUUUGUUAUUACAAAAUCAAAAAACAAAAAAAAAAAACUAAAACAUAACAAAAUGUAUAUGUAUAUCAUCAUUUCUUGAUCUCUCCCACAUUUCUGGGCUCUGGACAGACGGCGACUAGGCGACGACAACGACAAGUGUAGCGUAAGUCGAGUUUUAUAUAGUGUGCUUGUAUUUCUUCCUGAUAAGAAAUUGUAUUUGUCAAAUAAAACAAAAGAAAAAUAAUAAUUAAACAAAAGAACAAAAACAAAA